AAAGGCUAUCAUUAACAAAGAUGGCAGCCACAGUAAACAAGUCUAGAUCGGCGUAAGUGAAUGCUUUGUCAGCAACUGAUCGGCAAGAGAUUUCCAGCUGGCAGAUAUUGAUGGAUGAAUCUGGGUUGUUCAGUCAUCGUGAACCAGCAGACAGUAUCAGGAACCUGAUUCUAGAAUUGAGAAAUAGCAAGUCUGGCUUUGAGAUUCUUCGUUCGUAGAAUGAGUGAGCCACCUGCAAAAAGAAAGAAAACCAUUCUAGAUUUCUUUAAAAAGAAUAGAUGUGACCAAGAUCAACAAAAGGCAAAGACAGACAAAAAUAAAAUGGCCGAUGAGAAAACAAACUUUCCAAUUGAGAGUGCAGCCGACGGUGUUAAAGUUCCUAGCUCAAAAGCUCUACCUGCAACUCAUCAGACAGACAAAAAUAAAAUGGCUGAGCAGAAAAAUAACACUUCGGGGAGGAACGCAUCCUUUAGUGUUAAACUUCCUUCUAGAACUCCAGCUCCUCAGCAGACCACUAGUAAUGCGGGAUCCUCCACUGGCAGUUAUAAAGGAGCUACUUCGUUUUCAGGCCCGUCCUCUGUGGCGGAAUGUAUUCACGGGGAAAACAGCAACAUGUCCCAGACUAUGCCGAUGGAAUGUGAUUCUCCACAACUCUUUUCAGAUUCGGAGCGGUCUGACAUGCAGAACGCUGGAGCUGACAGUGAGGAACACGAAAUGAACAUUCCUACGAGGAAGCCUAGUGAGAGAAAACAGGACUGUGUGUUCAGGGGUACACCAAUUUCCAAACUGAAUAGAAGCCCCGGCUGUUUGGAGAGGUUGCAGCCCCUAGUAUCAACAAACUCACACACAGUAUUAUUCAAGGCACCGUUUCAGUACAAUGGUAAGCCCCCUGACCCCUUCCCAUCAAGCUUCAAGGACCGCUGGGAUAAUGACCAUGUCAGGAUGCCAUGUUCCAACUUCAAUGAAUACCCAGUUAAGGGCAAGGAUGGGAAGCAGACAGUACGAAGAAGAUGGGACAUGAUCACUGAAGUCUUGCUCUGCGAAAUUCCUGGCCCGUACGAACUGGAGGAAGUCAUUUUAACCUAUAAUUCAAGGUAUUCCGACAGAUGGGACUUCAAAACACUUCAUAACUUCUUCACUACUGAAAUUGACGAAAAAGAGAGACAACACUUUUUCAGCAAAACAUUAAAAGAAAUGGUUAGGUUAGCCUUGAACCUUCCAAACCUUUGUACACAGCCAAUACCCCUUUUGAAAAAAGGACGGAGUCGAAGUGUGACCUUCAGCCAACAGCAGAUUUCCUGUCUACUAGCAAAUGCAUUCUUUUGUACUUUCCCACGAAGAAACGCGAGACAGAAGACGUCCGAGUACAGCAACUAUCCUUCUAUCAACUUUAACAGCUUGUUCGAUGGCGAGCCCGACCCAAAAAAGUUAGAAAAGCUGCGGUGUAUAAUGAACUAUUUUCGGCGAGUCACUACCACUGUUCCCACUGGUACAGUGACAUUUGUACGGCAGACAGUGGAAAAAUGUCCGGAGUGGCAUAAACUAGACACGUCUCUGCGGGGUUUACAUGUGUCGGCAGAGGGCACCAUAGAGGAUGAUGGGUUAGGCAUGUUACAGGUGGACUUUGCCAACAAGUACCUAGGAGGGGGUGUCCUGGGUCAGGGAUGUGUUCAGGAGGAGAUCCGCUUUCUCAUUUGCCCUGAAAUGAUUGUGUCACGCCUCAUCACAGAGUGUCUUGAAAAAAAUGAAUGCCUCAUCAUGAAAGGUUGUGAGCGUUUCAGUGACUAUGACGGCUAUGCCAGAACCUUUAGGUGGAAAGAAAAUUACGAGGAUAAAACACCAAGAGAUAAUUGGGGACGACUCUGCACCGAUGUCGUGGCUAUCGACGCCCUUAUCUUCCACGGAACUGCACGCCAGUUCAAAUCACACUCUGUCGUCCGAGAACUUGACAAGGCCUACUGUGGUUUCAUGAAUCCUGUAGUGAAAGACGCCAAGCAUCUGCCCGCUGUAUGUACAGGAAACUGGGGAUGUGGCGCCUUCGGAGGGGACCGGCAGCUCAAAGCCCUGAUUCAGCUGAUAGCAGCCGCUCAGGCCAAGCGUGACGUUUGCUACUUCACAUUUGAUGACAAAAACCUGCGUGAUGAUUUGUUCCGGAUACACAAUUACCUGACCCAAGUUAACCCUAUAGGAAUAAGUAACAUCAUGACUCUCAUCGCUCAGUAUGAAAGGAAUGUGGUCAGUAAAUUCUUUAGACAGAAGAGACUUUCCUUGUACGAGUACAUUAUCAAAGUCUUUGAUGGAAGCCUGGAAAAUACAGACUCGGAACCGGAUUCCCCGGCCGAUUUCUCCCAGAGCAGUCAGGAGGGUAUCAACGCGGAAUCUGUACACGGCAAAACAAAAGACCCACUCGAUUUCUGAUAGAUCGUAUCAAUACCUGUGGCAUCAGGAGGUACAAAAGGACAAACGCAAGACAUGUGUUUCAAAGUUUUCUAACAUUGACUGUGAAGAAAUAUUCAGCCAUAAUGGCCGCCUAGAAAUAUAAUAAUAACAGAGCUUUACCAGUAAAGUGAAUCAAUUUUAAAAUAGACUAAAUUGUAUACAGUGUAUAACAAAAUGACUUAAUUUGUAAUGCAGGCCAGAUGUACUAUUAAUUUUAAUUUGAUAUUAUUUUGUCAAAGGACUAUGUAUGGUUUGGGCCUGUUUUGCAUCAAAAUUCAAAACC